UUCGGUAGCUCGAUGCAGUUACGCAAAGAGCUGGUCUGAACUGGCCUAUGCCCAUUCUUUUACAUUUUAUUGUUGUUACCGACAUAAGAAUAUUCAUAGCUAAAUUUACCCGUAGAAAAAAGUGUGUAAAUUCGGUAAAUUUGCAGUGAGCACGGGUUAUAGGUAGUAAGCCGCAUACCGAUGUCCGCGACAAGUAUCGUCAGUCCAGUGUGAAUCAGACCGCCGUAUAACCAUCAAAUCUUCUGCCAAAAUGACGUGGUAAAGAAAUCUUUCAACUCUGCCGAAAUUGUCCAUGAGAGUAUCAAGAUUUUGACUAACCAAAUUUCAUCCUCGACCACAAUUAUCCACUAUGGAGUACAAAUGACAGAAGUAUUCAAUUUUCUGAUGACACAACAUGAUAAGAACAAGAUCGUCUUUGGUGUACCAAUAUUUCUGAAAAUUACUUGAAAGAUAUUCUGCCGUUUACUUUCAAAGCAGAAAGUACCAUGCAAUAACGAUAAGAUGUACCGUUUUAAUUGAGGGAGAGGAAAAGUAACGAGUUAAUUUAUUCAAUGGUAGGCUCUCGUUUGUUUUUUAAACAAAUUAUCCAUGCUUACCAGAAUGGAAGAAGGCACAAGUUCUGAAUCCAUGUGUAGAAGAGGAAAAUCGGAAACCCAAGGUAAUCUAUUUAAUGCUGAACCUGCAACGGGAUCAGUGGAUGCAAAUUCUACAUCAUUAGCUGACAUAUUCGACACUGCGUUUACAUCCACAGUUGAUCCUUCUCCUCAACCUCGAUUUUCAGCAGGCACUGAAAUGGAGUAUGAUCAUUUAUUUGCUGAUAGCGAUAUCGAAGAAACGGAAAUAGCGUCUAGUGCUCCUUUUGUUGCACCUGCACAUUCGGCUAACCUGGAUGAAAACUAUGCCUAUGCCCAUGCACAUUUGACUGGUUUAAACAGGAACCAUGUCUACGCUCCUUCGCAUUCUCAUAGUUUUAAUAAUUCGUAUGUCUUUGCUCCUGCACAUUCUACUACCCUGGACAAUACCUACGUCCCUCCACCUGAGCAUUCGUCUAGGUUGGACAAUAAGUACACUUAUGCUUCACACAUUCAUAAAAAAAUAUUACAUGAAAGAGGUGUUUUGGAGCAUAAACGUAAUGGAAAUCCAGAAUGCAAGGUGACUAAUGGCCAAUGUACCGAAGGUUCCAAUUUAGCUGGACCUUCUCGGUUAACGGACCAUCCAGUGGAUUACAGCAUUACUGGAUCAGCAGCACGAGCUGGAAGUGUAUUACAUGAAGGCGCUCGAGGUUCUGGAAAUGUUACUACAGAUGAACCCAUGUUGUGUUCUUCACAAUCGACAACUGUGAUAAACCCUCGACAAAUACACCAAAGCCACGCGUCGAGAAACGAUGACACGCCAUCUGCUCCAGAUCUACAAUUAGAUUGGUCUUCGAGCAGCGAUAGCGAUAGCGACAGCGACGACGAAGACGGCGCAGUAGAAGUUCUCGGGACUGUGAAUCGCAAUAGCAAAAAUACAUCGCAAAAUUCCGAACGAAACAACCGUACAGUGACUGUAGUUGACUUGACCGCAGAAUCUGAUGAAGAGCAUCCGCCAGCGGCGCCAAGUAACGAACAACCUAUUCACCACCCACCUGCAGAUCAAAUACAUAGAAAUAAUUGUUGUAUGCACGGACUUUCAAACUGCAUGUACUACCCCCAUCGUGGGUACCGCCACAGAGUUCCAGACACUCGUUACGACUACCCUUCGUAUGCGGAGUCAGUAAUGAGUCCAAUUCGUAACCGAAUGAAUAUAAUGCAAGAGAGACUUUGGAUGAACCAACAGCGCAUGCAAGAGGUGCGUCGUCGAAUGCUGUAUAGGCCAAUCGAUUACAGGUGUUUGCCCGGAGCGACGCAUGUCCGUCACGAUGGCCAACACUCGUGCAACGGAGGUAACGGUGGUAACAAUAUGUCAGGAAAUUGUUCCAAUUCAAGAGAUAAUGCACCUUACGUCUGCCAUUUACCACCGCAUUCACAAAAUAACACUACGAAUAUGCACUUUUACGGAAGAGACCGUAUGCCUUACAUGAAUCGUCUUCUUCCUCCGCCAUUACCACCUUUACCACCGCAACAACCAACGGUCUUCAGUCAUCCUGAAGUCAGACCACCUACUUUUGGGGGUCCGUGUCCUCAACCAGUCAAUGUAAACCCAAUGACCAACAUCGAAGAACCGGUACCCGGUCCUCCUCCUCCUCCUCCAGAGAUGAUGACGUCGACGCCAUUGCAUCGGCACUUGCGCUAUUAUACGUACCAUUACUACACGCAUCAUCUAAUGCCACAAAUGCCACCACGCAGGGAACAUCUGCAUAUAAAUUUCCCACGACUGACGAACUUGGGAUCCCAGGAUGUUUUGUUCCCAUCCCUACUACUGCCGGAAGUGUUGCUUCGAGAUAGACAAAUGACAGCGCGAAUAGAGAACAUUAUGCGAUUCAUGAAUUUCAGGCGUAAUAUAAGAAACAUAAGCUGUGGAGCGACACAGGAGUCUAUCGAAACCCACACAUUCCCUUACAAGUAUAAGCGGGUGAAAAAAGCAGAGAAUGCAGAUGAUGCUCUUGAAAAGUGCACCAUAUGUUUAUCGGAGUUCGAGGACUGCGAAAGCGUAAGGAGGCUUCCAUGUAUGCAUUUAUUCCACAUCGAUUGCGUCGAUCAGUGGUUAUGCACGAAUAAGAGGUGUCCCAUAUGCCGAGUGGAUAUUGAAACUUUCCUUCAAGGGCAGCACCAAUUUUGUGUAGAUUAAAUUCGAACGUGCCCGGGUGUAAUUCCUAUGAUUCAAUUGAAUCUCACCCGCACGGUAUAAACAAAAGAAGUAACUUCGCUGUCGGUAAACAAAGCGAUCACUUUGGGUGAUGAAGCUCGGAAACGAAAUUUUUCCGAGGAUGUUAAAUGUAAGGGACAGCGCCGGUUCUGCGAUUAAUCGGACAUUAGAUUAUUUUAUGAAUUCGAUAACCAUUUUUGCUCUCGUUGCUUUUCUGUAAGUAAACAUAUGUAUAUACUACAAUACAGUCCCCUCGACCAAUUGAUAUCGAUUUAUAGGAUAGAAAAUAUUCGUAAAUGCCAUUUUAAAAAAAUAUGAUACUCGUGUCGGUAUUUAUUUAAUAACUGACAUAGUAUCGUCCGAUAUAUUCGUUUCCGUAUGAUGGAAUUUAUAUGACGAUGAUUGAGAAGAACGUCCUAACGUUUCGCUUUCCGAAUAGGAAUAGGUCGAAACGUCCCAUCGAGUAAUGUCGCGUUAUCGCGCGAAUUUCAGGGAGCCUGAUAAAUUAGUUUAAUGCCGUGAUCGACAGGAUGUAUUUCAUUUACGUACGAUUUAUUUAACAAAACGAUAAACGUGACUUUCGUGGAACGAAAUAUUAAAAUGUGUAUAGUACUUCUUUCUAUGACCCCGGCUACAGCGAAUACGAGAAACUUGUCGAAUGUAUUCCCUGUUCCAAUUUGUUAUCGUCAUUGCGAAAUCACGCGAAUGCAUUUAGGACGUCCGUUGCAUCGUAGGACGAGCUCGCAAUGCUGUCGCGCGUAAAACGGAGGACGAGAUCGUUUCAUAUAUUUCACGAAUGGUGCUAUGCAACCGUUGCAUAAGGUAACGCAAUCAACAAACUUAGGAAAGAGUCGUCGAUGAGUUUAGCGAAGCGAAUACAUAUUUUUGGGAAUACAGCGGUGAUAUUAAACGACUGUUUUCUAGUUAUUUCGCAUGAAUGGCGCGUACCUGUUGUAGCUCCAAUCAGCUUUUUAACAGCCGUGCUUAAUUCUCAUGCUCGAUCAAAAGAUAGUUAUCGACUCCGAAUGAAAUCAAUGGUAACUGAGAAUUAUAUACAGCUUAAUUGUAAUAAAUGUAGACUUACUAGCUGUAA